UUGUUUUCGAAAACAUCUAAUCUCAUCGUCGCGACAAUGUGCAUUUGAUGCACCGUGUACCAUCAUGAAAUCUGCUGGAACUAAAGAUCGCAACACUUACUUUGUCGACGACAAUUAGAGUACGGACAAUGAUUAAGCCACACAGUUCCCACAUUCACGCUUUUUAGCGUCCACAUUAAGGUAACUCUUGCCUUCGUGAGUUAAAGUCACAGUAUGUCGUACUAAAUCCUUCAGUCGCGGGUUCCUCGCAAUGGAAACAGCUGUCUUCAAUAGUCGCUCGUCAUCGUCACUCCAUUUGCACUGACCGUUGACUUAAUCGACAACUAUGCGGUUGCAUAAGAUCUCCAAACGUCAUUUGUUCCCGCUUCAUCUUUUGCUCGCCGUGCUUGUAUGCGCGUGGAGCGCUGAAGUAUCUGAAGUCAUAUGCGAGAAGGUCUCCUUUAAGGAGACUUCUCUGGGGGAUCGGCAUUCGGGUCAGGAAAGGACGACAUCUGCAUCAGUCACCAAUAAUAGUCAGAAAUUAACAUCGCCAAUCGUCUUUGAAACUCUCCUCCAAAACGAUACCAACAUCUUUAGACCCAGUAUACACUUAGGCGAGAUCGAGCAGCCCAAGAGUCGAAAGAAUCCCUUCAACAACGUGCAACACGUGAGAUUCGAGAACAGUGUUCAUCUAGACACCCAGAAUGCCCUACAAAACGCAUAUCAAGGUGUUUCCAGUUUGAUGGAUGAAGCGACGCGAUCGAGUAAAAUUAAGUUGCAAGACGAUAUUCAGAUACCGUCGAGUAUCCGUCAUCCCUUCAAUGAUCAGCGAGAGGUUACAGAGAUCGUUUCGAGGUCACCGCUCGAAGAGGUCACUGUCGGACACGUGUCCCUCGAUCAAGCGUUUUUCCAGAACAUCUUGAAGAAGCCAGAGGACACAUCGACGAUCUUCGGCAAAUCGAUGACGGAUCAUCGAUCGACCGGUACUUAUUUGGAUCUGUCGAGAUCUCCUCCGUACGUCAUCAAUUAUUACGCCAGUCAAAAUCAGAACGCUCAUCAGCCGUUGCAAGAGACCACUCUCGAGAUGAUAAAGAAGCCCGAGAGUAACGGCGUCUUGGUUGUUCGGCAGUCCACUUACACGAGGAAACGUAAGUUCCCCUAUACGUUUUAUCAACCAGGUGACGAGUAUCACGAUAUACAAUACGUGGAAGCGCCACACACGACGAUGGCUUAUCCGCAGAUGAGAAGUAUGUCUCCUUGGAAAAAGAUCAUUCACCUGAUCGGGACUUUUCUGCCGCUGGGUCUACUGUUGGCGCUGACGCCCAAGGUUGUGCGGGUCGACAACAACACGACAACCCAGCCUAGCAUCGUCCUCUCGAAACUUCGGGUCGCCGACCUGCCAAUCGAGCAUAAGCAGGCAGGUCGCUCGCUCGACGAACAAACGACGACCGUCUGCGAAGAUCGAUCGAUCUGCGAAUUGAUCCUGGCUGGCGGCGAAUCGCAGUCCAACACUUUGCAGAAUAUCCUGUGGAACUUGGCUACUAGAACUGCAGAUGACGUGGCAAAAAGGAACGGUCUUCGUGAGAUAUUUAGCGCUGUGAGAGAGAAGGAUUGUACGAGCAUCGAUUGUUAAUGACCGUUUAGGGAGCCUGAAAAACCACUUACAGCCACACGCGCGAUCAGUUUCGCGCUCGAUGAUUUAUGGCGUUAAUAUUUACACGUUAUGCAAAUUCGUGACUUUAUGCGUGAAAUAGCAAGAGUACAAAAAAUAUUAUAAUUAUGCCAAUCACACAUUACAUAUGUAUAAUCAUCAUAACAUAUAUAUGUCGGUUACAUAUAAUAAAUAAUUAUUAAUAGAGGGAGAUAUAUUGCGAUAUAUUAAAAAUUAAUUAUACAUCAUUCAUCUACAAAAUUAUUCAAGAAAUUUAAAGACCUUUUUGUUUAAUUAUUCCACGAUUUAAUUCUGUGCAUGAAAGGCAUUCUUUAAUGAUGUUCAAUAAAAAUAUGACACUGUCGAUAAGUGAGGACGAUGAUUUUUAUAUCACACGUAUUAUUAAUGAACCAUUCUUUCUGCGUAAGCAAAACAACAAGGCGCGAAAGUUGUCGUAAAAAAUAACGAAAAAGGGGAUGAAAGCUGGAUUUUUUAAAGAAUGAAGUACCGGGAGAGUGGGAGGGUAUGUGUUAUUCGGAAAUUCGUUCCGCCUGCGUGCAUCCGUGCCGACCUCGUCCCCGCAAGUGAAAGUAGUCGGUUUAUAAGUAGGUCGGCGUUAUUCUACGGCGAGCGAGCGCUUGAAGAAUUUAUGGAUGCACAAGGGACUUUCGGUCGACGGGCAAGCAGCUGACCAAUUAUCGCACACGCGCCGCGCACACGUUAACACGCGCCGACAAUAAUUACACGCGGUCAAACCGAGGCGAUGAGGCGCACCGCAAUUUUUAAUUAACAAGGUGCCGGUGAAGUAAAAUGGAUAAUUUGACGGCUAAGUGUAACGACGCUAAAUGUAGCAGGCAACAUGUAACGAUGACUAAAUGUAAUAUGUAAUGGCUGGAUGUAACAUGGCAUUCUCUCUCUCUCUCUCAUUUACUCUCUUAAUUUAUAUUUCAUAUUUUAAAAAAUAAUAAUUUCUCCCUUUCUCUCUCUCUUUUUUUUUUAAUUAAUUUAGAAUUUUUUUUUUUUCAAAUGAUAUUAUUGAAACAUUUUGCGUAAAAAAUAGC